AUGCCUUCAGUCGCAUACAUAAACCAGUCUGCUCCUUUCUGGGACUUUAUUGCGAACCUCGAGCAGCAAGCUCCUUUCGGCCAAAAUCGCAAUGACGAUGGUGCUCAAAACGAACAUGAACAUAGAGAACAUCAAGGACCCCAAGAUCCCUUUGCUCCAUGGAAUUGGGGCCACCCAUUUUUCGGUGGAGGCAGGGGUAUGCCUCAUCGUGGAGGCCCCCAGGCACACCACGAAAAUCAUCAGGAAGAGCCUGUAGGCGAGAAACAAGGCGAGAUGAAUGACGCAAACGACAAUGGGGAGGGCCCAUCUGGCACCUCUGGCUCUGACAACGAGACUCGUGCUGAAGAGGAUUCUCAUACCCGGGCCCGUCACGGUCGCUGUGGUGGAGGGCCUCGCGGUCGCGGUCGCUGCGGCCGUGGUGGUGGUCGGGGUGGCUUUGGAUCUCACCACGGUCCUGGACCACAUCACGGACCCAGUUCUCACCAUGGCGGUCGCCGCGGAGGCUGGGGCCCAUGGGCGCACGGCGCUCCUUUUGGAAGAAUGGGUGGCGGCCCCUUUGGUUUUGGCGGCGGCAACUCUUUCGAUCCCUCCGCCUUUGUAACCCAGCUCUUCAACCAGUUCAACGACCAGCAUCCCUCCAACGCGAGGGACAACACCAGGUCCUCUGAGACCGAAGACCACACCCCCGAAGCCGACAUUUUCGACACCGAGUCUGCCUAUGUAAUUCAUGUUUCCCUCCCCGGCGCUAGGAAAGAAGACGUCGGUGUGAACUGGGAUGCCGAGAAAAGCGAGCUCAGCGUUGCUGGUGUCAUUUACCGUCCUGGAGACGAGGAAUUUCUAAGGACACUUGCCAUGGACGAGAGGAAGGCGGGGCCCUUUGAGAGAAAGAUUCGUCUGGGCACGAGGGCAAACCCCGCGAGCAUUGACGCUGAUGGUAUUACUGCCAAGUUGGAGGAUGGUGUGUUGAGGGUCCAUGUGCCCAAGCUGGAUUCGGGAUAUGUUGAGAUCCGCAAGGUCGAUAUUGAGUAG